AACCUGCCAAUGUACCUGAUUCAGUUGUAGCUCAGAUCAAUCAGUGUAAGCCCGAUCACGAAGUCAACAAUGUGGUGCUAGAAGUACCUGCCAGCUCGAAGUCAUCAAAAGAAAACAAUAUGGAUUCUUUCCUGAGUGAGAUAAAUAAGAAAAAGAUUAAGACAUUUGUAGCUUCUCUGGAUUCUGUCACAUCCUUGAACGAAAAAAAUGGACAGGAGUGUUUUAUUAAGAGAGGAAGUGAUAGGUUAGAGAUCACUUCUAAAGAAAUUAUUUCGGAGGAUAAGCAGGAUGCUAAGGUUUCGGAAAAUUCUGGCAACGGCCCAUCAUCCAAAUCCGUGAUGCAAUUCCUUUGGAAUCUGCUUCUUCUAGUUUUAAAUGUAGUGAGAAGAUGGAGAAAAAAUCCCCUAUAA